AUGUAUAGAAUGCUUAAAGGCAUGCUUGAUGAGAAUGAGUGCAAAGUAGAUAACGGAAACUGUGACCAUUAUUGUCACAAUUACAUCGGUGGCCAUUAUUGUUCCUGUCGAUCGGGUUACAAGCUUCAACCGGAUAAGAAGUCUUGUCAUAUUAUAUGCAAUGACCAGCAGUUUACUGCCAGAAGAGGCGAAAUAGCAAGUCCAGAGUACCCCAAAAAAUAUCCGAAAAACUCCAGAUGUGAUUGGACCAUUGCAGUGGAUAAGGGAUACCAGAUAACGUUGACUUUUACUCAGUUUGAUGUAGAGGACCAUCCCGAUGUGACAUGCCCCUACGAUUACAUGAAAGUGUCAGCGGGCAAAGACAAGAAGUAUGGUCCUUUGUGCGGCAAGACUCUUCCACAGAAUAUCACUUCAUCUGCCAACUACAUGCACCUUGAGUUCGUGUCUGAUGACUCUGGAAACUACAAAGGAUUCAGAGCCUUCUAUGAUACACACGGUUUAAGAUGUCCAACUUUAGCCGCUCCAGAACAUGGAAACAUGACGGGAGACAGCUUUACGUUCAAGGACGUCGUAGAGUUUGGCUGCGAGGAAGGCUACCUUCUGACUGGCUCUUCAGUGAGAGAAUGUCUUAACACUGGAGACUGGGACGGAGUCGUCCCUGAAUGCAAACCGGUAAAUUGUGGAAACCCGGGAAUCCCACUUCAUGGCAAAAUCACGGAGAGUGGAUUCACCUACAAGAAAGUCGUCAGCUAUUCCUGCAACAAGUAUUUUGAGCUUCAUGGUCCAAAAACGCGACAGUGUCUGGCAGAUGGAAAGUGGUCUGGCGAACAACCUAAGUGUGUUGCUACCUGUGGAGAAGUGAAUAACUUCAAUUUCAGCCGUGAUGUUUGUAGGAAGAGAAUUGUUGGUGGACAAAACGCCUUUAAAGGAGCGUACCCAUGGCACGUGUUACUCAUGAGGGCUGGUGAAGUCGCGUGUGGUGGAAGUCUAUUGAAUGAGCAGUGGGUUUUAACAGCUGCACAUUGUGUUACAACCAAGCAAAAUGGUAUCGUUCGCGAAGAUUUACUGGAGAUAUACGCCGGUCUCCACCAGAUCAGAAGAUUAAACGCCAGCCAUGUGCAGAAACGAAAGGUUGUCAAGAUCAUCAAUCACAAGAACUUUGAUUUUUUGCUGUUUGAGUCUGAUCUGGCUCUUUUGCAACUCGAUCGUGAAGUCAGAAUAUCACACUACGUAAAACCUGUUUGUCUACCGGAAGGACCAAGGCAGAAGAGGAUGUUUGCACCAGGAAAAUUCGGUCGCGCCGUGGGAUGGGGUUACAAGGUAAGCAAUAAUUCCUUUGGACAGUUUGCAAACACCUUGAAAGAGAUCUGCAUCCCGACUAUUGCCAAUCACGUGUGUCAAGCCGCCUACAAUGACGAAAAGUACACAGUGACACCACUCAUGCUGUGUGCAGGGGAGACUCUUGGUGGAAAAGAUUCCUGUCAUGGGGACUCUGGGGGUGGCUUUGUCUUCUUUGACACAACCACCAGGAAGUGGGUGUUGGGUGGAGUGGUGAGCUGGGGCAGCAGCAUGGGAUGUGGAUUACGUAACAAGUAUGGUGUCUACGUCCGUGUGUCCGAGUUCGUUCCUUGGAUUAAAGAGAAAAUGUUUUAA